UGCUCGCUUCUGCUACUGCUGUCGUUCUGUCUUUCCUCUUCACUUUCUCCUCCAUCUGUCUGUCUCUGUCUCGUGUGAGUGGUAAACUGGGCAGGAUGAUACCAGAACAACAGAUCGUCCACCUGAAAGAUUCGAUGCUCUAGAGAACCUUGUGGGACUUUGCAAGAAAAACAAUCAAUCCUUCACAACCUCUGGACUCUGAAGCACAGUUGACUUGUGUUUUUUCUCCUUAUUAUCCCCUGCUUUUUGCUUUCUGUACAUUUUUUCUCUUCUCCCCAACUUUGUCUUUUUCUGCAAGUAUUUUUGUCAACCAUUGCUUUGCUUCUUAAAGAUGAGGGGGAUAUUGAUGUGUGAGGCUCUUGUGUUGCUCACAUUGCUACUGACUUCAGUGGAUGCCAAAGGAACUCUCUAUGGAAGUCCAUACAGAUACAAUCUGCACAAGUCUGGGAGUGUCCCACAGUACAACCCUGGAAAGCCGAUGGGUCAACUUAAGAACUUCUGUGCCUAUAUCGUUCAGAAGAAUGUCACCUGUGUGAUGCAGGAUGGAGUGGCCACCUAUGUCAAACCUGAGUACACUACAAAGUGCCUGUGGGGACAGAAAUGCCCUGUGGUCAUGUAUCGAACUCUCUUCAAACCGCAGUAUAAAAUCGGCCAUAAAACCAUCACUGAACUGGAGUGGCGCUGUUGCCCAGGUUACUCUGGAGAGAACUGCAUUGAUGGGCCAACCUCCCUCCCUGAUGGCAUGAUGCCCUUAACGGGCUCUCUUCCUCGGCCAGGGAUGAAGGGUUACCCCCGGGGUCACCCCAAGAUACCCUCUGACCCUAGACUCAUUCCUGUAUCAGGCCUGGAUCCUGGAAAACCCUUCCCUUUCCCUGGAGGUCACCCUGACAACAAACCCAUCCCUAGUGGAUACCUGCCACCUGAAAAUCCCAAAACAAGUUAUGGUCCUAAGGUGGGAGUCUCUGAUGAGCACCUGGACCGCAUUGAGGAAAAUCUUCGCAGACUCUCUCAAAGUCUGGACACAUUGAACGGCAUGGUGGUUGGUAUGGAAGAGCGUCUACGUGUCUCUCUUCGAGAGGACACAAAAAAGAUGCUGACCUCCUUGCUCAGUGGUGCCCCCCGGCUCCUGGAUACCUCUGUGGGUUUCGGCCUGAUCCCAGAGGGUGCGCCAAAUGGCUUAGAUGGUGAUAAGAGUUUCCCUGGCUUUGGAGAGUUAGUGGGGAUGGUGACGGAGGUCAAAGAUGAUCUCAAGGUAAAGAGUGACAUACUGGACGAGAUCCGUGGCAUGGUAAUGGGACACGAUGGCCAGCUCAGGAGGCUGAUGGAUGGUGCCACAGGGAGACCUGUCCCUGGAGGAGAUCAGCGACAUCUGGAAGAACUAUUGGAUGCCAGAUUGGCUGGAGUGAGGGAAGAGGUUCUUGAUGGCUUUGAGAAGAGAUUGUCAGGUCUGGAGAACCACUGUGAUGAGAGAAUUGGUCAGGUCCAGCAGCACUGUCAUAAGGAGCAUCUAAAGGGUCAUGAGCAGAUCCAACAGUCACUGGACGGCCAUGAAACAGGCCUGAGGAAAGAGCUGGGUGAGCUGCAGGCACAGAUCCAAGGUUUGACCGUGACCGAGAGCUGCUGCGGUGAGAUAAACAGCCUGACCCAGCGGAUGUUUCUGGUGGAAGAAUCUGUUACAGGUCUGACUGAGUCCCAGAGGCAGUUACAAGUGGACCUGACCCACCAGACCCUCCAUAUAGAGACCUUAUUGGAGACCCGGCUAGUGGACAUGGAGGGCAGGAUUAAUGGCUCUGAACAUGUUGAACACAAUGGGAUUGGACCUGGCUUCAGCUCCCUGGAUGGAUUUAAGGCCUUGUUGGAUGAUAAGCUAAAUACAUUGGAGCGACGUUUGUUUGUGGCAGUAGAGGAGUUGAGCAAUGCCACGGCCCCAGCGCUGCUGGAGGGGCAAGUGGUGCCGGCACUUGAGACAGAGAUCGACAGCAUUCGGAGAAGAGUUGAGGUGAAUUUGGAUGGAAUGCAGAAGCAGAUGUCGGCUCUAGAGCUCCUCUGCUCCUCUGCUUGCUCCCCUGCUUCUAGCCCCGAGACAGCCCUCAUCCAGACCGGGAUAGAGGACUGUAAGGAAAACAAGAAGAACGUGAUGGAUCGCCUGGACUUACAUUCAAACAAGCUGGACCAUCUCAACCGCACCUUGCAGGGUCUCCUAAUGCAGCUCUCCCAACAGGACAUAGAGGGCUCCAUCCAGGGGGAAAUCACGCUCCUGAAGAUCAAUGUCAACUCUGUCAAUCGUACUUUGAAGGGUCUACGUGAUUCGGUCAACUUGUUUGCACAAGAAGUGGGACAGGUGAAUUCCACUUGGCAGGAACGGGAAAACAGGUUGGUUACACAAGUCCAAGGCAUUUCGGAUAUAGUGGAGCACCAGACAUCUAUGCUUGGGGCCGGGGAGCGGAGGCUGAUCCAGCUCAAGGCGGAACUCCAGAGUUUGCGGCGAAGGUUAGCUGGGGAGCUACAAGGUUGUCAUACCACAACACUGGGAAUGCAACGGGACGUGUUAGGUGUGGAAAGUCGAAUUACCCAGGUAGAAGGACAGUGCGGAAGCCUUGGCGAGCUAGCUGAUGACCUUGAGAGAAUCCGUAGUGAACUAGAGAGACAUUCAGAUGCCUAUCUGGCUCAGGUCAAUGGGACGCUGGUCAGCCACUCGGAGCAGCUGGUCCAACUGAAGGACGGUCUCAAAGACUGCUUGAGCAAAACAGAUAAUCAGUAACACUUCCUGUACAGAAACACAGCAAGGCCUGAGGUUGUACAAAUAGGCAAUAUUUUUGUCCUCUCAGCAGGGCAUUUUGUCUCUUAAUUCUUUGUUUUAAGCAUAUUUUAAGCUGAUAUACUUUUUUAACUUAUAUGAAGAAAGCGUGAUUACAUUAUGAAAUGUGUUUAUUAAAUGAAAUAACAAAUCUGAAUAAAAAAGGAAAGCAAAUGUUUCAAAACUAUGAAGCUGCUACGGGUUUCUACUGGCAGGUACUGUCCACUACCUUCUCAUCUCAACAGCUGAGUCAUCUCCUGAUUUAAUUACUGUAUUAUAACACAAACAAAGCUAUACAUUUUUAUAAACAUUUGUUGCGUGUGAAAAGUUUUGUUUAAAAAAAAAAAUUCUCAUUAUCAAAAUGCUGUUUUCUAAGAGAUUAUAAUUUUUCCAUGAAUAAAAGUGGGUU